GCUCCUCGCCUCGCUGCCAUUCUCUUCUCCUCCUCGAAAAGAAUUUCGAAGCUUAGCCGAAGAUGCCAAUGGAGAGGUCGGUGUCGUGCGCCGAGAGGCCACCGGCGGCGUUCGGCGGCGGCGCGGCCGCGGACCUGCGGUGCUACAGCGCGUCGUACGCCACGUCGUACAAGCCGGGCGCUGGCGCGGCAGCGGGGGCGGCGGCGGGGGCGGGGACGAACACGACGACGAAGGUGAUGAAGCGCGCCACGAGCGCCAACGCGUGGUCGCGGCCGGGCGGCGGUGGCGGCGUGCAGCGGAGCGGGAGCACCAAGACGGUGGCGUCCUCCGCCGCCGGGUGGGGCCGCGGCGGCGGCGGGCCGACGCCCGGGUUCAACCUGCGGAGCUACAGCGCGUCGUACGCCGCGUCGUACUCGCCGUUCGAGGACCCGAGUCCGGCGGAGAAGACCGGCGGCGGGGGCGGUGGCGCGGCGACGUGGGCGUCGUCGGCGGGGCGGCGGUCGGUGAACCUGAGAGGGUACACGCCGUCGUUCGCGGCAUUGGACGACACCGCCGUGGCGCCGCCGAUCCCGGCCAAGAAGCAGGUGUCGCCGACGGGCAGCUUCGCCGGCGCCGUCGUCGACGACGCCGAGCUCCAGCGGCGGAAGCGGCUGGUCGCCUACAAGGCGUACGACGUGGAAGGGAAGGUGAAGGACUCGGUGCGCCGCAGCGUCAAGUGGAUCAAGGGCAAGUGCUCCCGCGCCGUCGACGGCAAGUGGUGAUCUCUCCCUCUCACCCUCUCUCUCGCCAUCGCCAUCGCCAUGGCUCGAGCUCGAGCUCGAGCUAGCUCCUCUUCGUCGUCAUCUUUCUUGCUCUUGGGUGUGUUUGAGUCACCGUUGAUUGCUACCUUCCUCCUACCUGCACUGCACACCUUCAUUCGAUUUGUUACUCCUUCUUGUUUUCUUCUUGGAUAUUAGGAUUUUAAUUUUGACGAGAUUUGGUCUGCAUAUAGCUACUGCAGCCAUGUAGUUACUACUACUACUUAGUAUAAUUCAGUAUGAGGAGAUACAUAUGAGCAGUGGUAAGCUUUUGCCUUGGUGUUUUGCUGCAGAGCAAAAAAUCCAAGGAAAAGUUGAUCAGUGUGUGGUGUGCUUGUUGUUGUACAUACUUGUAUGAGUAUUAUUAUAUCUCUGUACCCAGUUUACUGUAGUAGAAUAAGAUUUUGGAGGUGUGAGAUGUAAAUAAAAUACAUAUAUACUACACAUAUAUAUUACUUGAGCUUCUUCUUC